CCCAUAGCUGGCCCCAUGGCUGUUGUGGCAUUCAUGGCGGUCCCCAUGGCCGAUCCCCACGCCUGGCCUCCCCUUGGCCCCUACGCCCACUCCCCGUGGCUGCCCAUGGUGCUCGCCCCCUGGGGCUGGUCCCCACGCACCUCUCCCCUCUCCCGGUGCCACUGCUGGAUGUCACACCUGUCCCCACGCCCGGUCCCCAUCACCUGUCCCCACCCAGGACCCAUGCAUGCAGCAUCCCAAGGAACCCAUGGGGGCCACACACACUGCCACCAGGGCCGCCCCUGUGUCUCCGUCCCCUCCUGAGGGGACACAGCCGCCGGGGAUGGCCACCAGAGUGUCCCCACCACAGCAGGGCCGGGCGCAGGCUGUGACCCCCAGGCCCAUCCCUGGGCCGUGGCGCUGGCAGAGCCAAAGGAAAUUGUUUCUCUCCCUCCUCCCCCCCCAUCCUCUGCCUUUCUUCUCCUCGCCCCGUGUUUCUAAUUCUUUUUCCUCUCCCAUAAUGAGGGGAUUACAAGGAAAACUCCAGCAGGACGCCUUUGUGGGGAGACAAUCCGAGCGGGGAAGGCAGCGCGGGGCUUUGUGCGCCCGCGGCCCCCCCGGCCCGCCGGGCGCUGGGGGGGACAUUUAGAGCAAUUACUUGUCCAGAAAGUAACUGUCAAUCAUUCUUAGAGGGGAAGGCCUCCAAUUAAUAACCUCGUCUUAAUCCUUUGGACUCAUUUCCAAUCUGCGGGGCCUUGGUGACAUCUGCAACACUAAAUAAAGAUUCUCCCGAGCCUUAGCACGGCGGUUCUGUGACAAAUAAGAAGACUAGAGGCAACUUUGGCUGCCAAGCUGCAAGAUUGGUGAGGUUGAGCCGCUUGUUUGGUUCCCAGGAGGGGCUGACAAAGUUAAAUACUCCUGGAAAAGCCAAGUUGGGCCCAGCAGGUGCGGAGCUGCGCAAAUGAGAAGCGGGCGCCGAGAUGUUCCUGAAUAAGUGCGAAGGGGACCUGGGCGAGCUGCGGAAGCCGGGGGACGGCGAGGGGACCCCACCGGCUGCCGCCGAGGAGGAGCAGCCCAAGAAGAAGCACCGGCGGAACCGCACCACCUUCACCACCUACCAGCUGCACGAGCUGGAGCGCGCCUUCGAGAAGUCCCACUACCCCGACGUCUACAGCCGCGAGGAGCUGGCCAUGAAGGUCAACCUGCCGGAGGUCCGCGUGCAGGUCUGGUUCCAGAACCGGCGAGCCAAGUGGAGGCGUCAGGAGAAGAUGGAGGCCAGCACCAUGAAGCUCCACGACACCCCCAUGCUGUCCUUCAACCGGCCGCCCAUGACAGCCAACGUGGGGCCCAUGAGCAACUCCCUCCCGCUCGACCCGUGGCUGACGUCGCCCAUCUCCAGCGCCACCCCGGUGCACAGCAUCCCCGGCUUCAUGGGGGCCCCCCAGGCCCUGCAGCCCCCCUACGGCGGGCACUCCUUCCUCAACACCCCCCCGGGGAUGGCGCAAGGCAUGCAGCCCAUGGCCCCCGCGCCCUACCAGUGCGGCCCCCCCUUUGUGGACAAGUACCCACUGGAGGACGUCGACCAGAGGAGCUCCAGCAUCGCCUCGCUCCGCAUGAAAGCCAAGGAGCACAUUCAGACCAUUGACAAAACCUGGCAGCCCAUUUGAUGAACGCUCCCCCGCCUCCCCGGCCCCCCCACUGCCCCCCCCCUUUCCCCCCAAGGCUCCCGUCCCCAGGCCGUGUGACACCGGGGGUGA